AUGGAACUUCCUCGCGCGCAUGCGUCCUUAAGAGGACUUCUUACCGAAUGUACAGCGGGAACUCCGCCCCUUUGGAACAGCUGCGAGGAAGCAAGGAAAAAAGAGAGUGUGAAAUGGAUACAUUUCCCACCAAUCAGCGCUCAGAGCCCUGAGCGCAGCCACCGUAGCAGCCAAUGGGAGGCCGAGGAUUGCGGCGCUGGAGGCUUUGAGGACGUGGCUUGGACUUGCGUCUCCCUCCCCUUUCCUUUUGAUCCGUCUUCAAGUCUCCCUCCCCCUCCCCCCCACUUUGAUUUCAAGUUGAUCACACUUUCAGAAGAGGGGGCCCCGUUUUGCAAACUAUCGCGGGGAGCCAUGGCUUAUCCCCCUGGCUAUGGGGGCCCAGGUAAGACCUUGAGGGGGACUCGGAGGGGGGAAACGGAAAGCGGGUAACAGGCCCCGGACGUGGCUUCAAUGUUGGGGUGCUGAUUCCCUCCCCCGCGCAGUUGUAUCCAGACAGUAUGGAAGAGGGGUCUGAUGGGGGUGGCGCUUGCCUCGGGAUGAGGGCCUUAGCACCAAAAGACCUUUCUCUCUCCCCGCCCCCGAUAAUCCUGUUGCUUCCUAAGGGGAGCUAAGUGGAAGGGGCCUGAACUCGGCCGCAGAGCACGUGCUUUUUUGGCUCUUGGACCGUCCUGGGUUCAGGUCCAAAGAGACUUGUAAUCAUAAUUAAAGCGUCCUCUUUGCUACGUGUUCUGCCCUCGUGGAUAAAAGAGAGAGAGAAAGAGAGACUUAGCCUCUUUCACAAAUCCUUAGUAAAAGUAAAUAAAUGUUGUUGCCUUCGUUUUCUUUCUGGUGUGUUUUUAAAUUAUUAUUACUAGUCCUGGGUUGUAUCCCAACUCAGUUCCACUUGGGAUUUAACUGCUGGAAUUAAUGGACCUAAGUUAGUCAUGCUUUUUAAUUUAAGUGGGUCUAUUCCGAACUAGCAUUGGAUACAGUUUGUUGUUAUUGCUAAGUGACGUGUUGUAAAAGUUGUGGGUGGGUGGGUGUUUUCCCUUUUUUGUUUUUAAUUGAUUUUCAUUAUAUAUUUAAACUACCUUGAGUCCCAGUCCCCACCCCUUUUGGAAUUGGAAAGGCAGGACACAAAUCUCCUUUCAAAAAAAAUCUAGUUUGUUUAUUCUAAUAAAUGAAUAAAUGGUUUGUAGUAGUAGGCCAUAAUUUAGUAAAAAUGAUGAGGAUUCCUGUGGAGCUUCUCAAUGAGAAUUUGGGAGCCCUGUCCAGCCGCUGCUGAACUACAACUCCCAUCAUCCCUUGCCAUUGGUCACGUUGGCUGGGGUUGAUGGGAGUUGAAGUCUAACUACAACUGUGCGGCUCUGUCAGAGCAAAGCAUUGCAAGCUUUACUCUCUCCUCCCCCCACCCCCGGUCUCAUAUUGUAGAGUUGGAAGGGACCCCAAGGAUCAUCUAGUCCAACCCCCCUGCAAUGCAGGAAUCUUUUGACCAAUGUGGGGUUCGAACCCACAACCCUGCGAUUAACAGUCUCAUGCUCUACCGACUGAGCUAUCCCUGUCUCCUCUGCCUUAGGCAAACCUCAUCCGCCAAUUCGCCUUUCUCUCAAGAUUUCUACCCUUCAGAUGCACAAAUGCUCAGUCUUCCGUCUCUCACCUCCCACUUGGUUCUCUGCAGGCGGAGGCUUGGAAGACUCUGUCAUGCUUAGCAAGAAACCACGUUGCUCCUUUCCUUCCCUACUCUCCACCUUUGGGCUCAGAAGCAGCGUUUCCUCCUGCUGGAGGCCUUUGCAGGAGCAUAAACAUUCUCGCUGGGCUUUCCUCUCUUGGCAACUGUUUUGUCGUGGCCCCAAAACUCUCUCGUUGGGCAGGGGCCAGGUAGCUUGGCCUCGUAUCUAAUCGGCAGCCACCUUAUUACAGGGGGAUAGUAGUUUCCUUCCUGAAGGUGCUUAGUCCUCCUGAGAUUCUUAUCUACCAUUGUGAAACAGAGCUGAGUGACCCGUAAGGAAAUAAACCAUAUAUUGGCCUUUAUAAUAAUUGUGCUCAGAUAAGAUCCUUGGGCGAGGGACACGGGUGGUGCUGUGGUCUAAACCACAGAGCCUUGGGCUUGCUGAUCAGAAGGUCAGCGGUUCGGAUCCCCGCGAUGGGGUGAGCUUCCGUUGCUCGGUCCCUUCUCCUGCCAACCGAGCAGUUCGAAAGCAUGUCAAAUUGCAAGUAGAUAAAUAGGUACCACUCCAGCAGAAAGGUAAACAGCAUUUCUGUGCGCUGCUCUGGUUUGCCAGAAGCGGCUUAGUCAAGCUGGCCACAUGACCUGGAAGCUGUCUGCGGACAAAUGCCGGCUCCCUUGGCCUAUAGAGUGAGAUGAGCGCUGCAACCCCAGAGUCAUCGGCGACUUGACCUAAGGGUCAGGGGUACCUUUACCUAAGAUCCUUGGGACGUUAUGUAACCCAUGGUAGGUGUUUCUUCUUCCAAGCUCUUGUAAGGGUGUUUCUGACCAUCUGAUAUGCCUUCUUUUCUUUAAAAAAAAUUAUCUCUCCUCCCUAAUAAAACCCCGUCUCUUGUAGGUUCUAAACACAGGACAAGGAUCCCUCCCGUGCCGCAGAACGCAGAUGCCCCCCAGCUUUUUGACGACACCAGUGCAGCCUACGGCCCCCAGCAGCCAGGUUACCCGGCCCCAGGCAUCGACAUGGGUUUCAACCAGAUCUUUGCCGACCCAGUGGCCAACGUAGCGAUGGCCUACGGCACCACCAUCGCAUCUCAGGGCAAGGACAUUGUGCACAAGGAGGUAGGAAGAGGCAUUCAUCCUAUGGACUAGGCUUGUACGUCCAAAACGCUGUUACACCUCUCCCUAAACAGUUGUGGCUUCCCCCAAAGGACUCUGGGGACUGUAGUUUAAGUGUGCUGUGAGUUGGUAGCUCCCAGAGUGGUUUAGCAAGCAGUCUCUGUUCCCAGGGAAAGCUGGGAAUUGCAGCUCUGGGAGGAGGCUAGGGGUCUCCGAACGAUGUCAGACUACAGUUCCCAGGUCGUCUGGGGGAAGCCUGUAUAAAGUGGUACAGUGCUGUUUUUAAUGUAGGGUGCACGUGGGGCCCUAAAGUCAUUGUAUCAUAAGCUUCCAUGGCUGCAUAUUUCCUUCCGUACCCCCAAAGAUUCCUGGGAACUGUAGUUCACCCCUUGCAGAGCUACAAUUCCAAGCACCGUUAGCAAAUAAUGGUGGAAGGGGGAAGCCAGGGCUUGAUAAAGUUCUUUAAAUGCAUAAUGCCGGUGGGGCUGAGCUUAGGGUUGGUUCAUUCUCCCCUUCUGGGUUUUUUGUGCUUCUUGUGCUUGCCCCCCCCCCCCAUGCUUUUGGGACCCCCUCUCUAAUAUAAAACACUCUCUUUUUUUGCCAGCAUGCUACAAAACUGGUGGAGGGGAGGGAUAGGGAGGGAUAGGGGAAGAGAUAUCAUUAUACUUAUCCACACAAAGUCUGCACCUAUAAGCAAUGUGUUCAUAAAUUGUGAUUGUUGUCGUAUCUUCCAUCCAUUGACUGAAAGGGGCCAUAGAUUUAUAUUCCCAGUGCAUCAGUAUUGGUCUUUUGGGUGUAGUAAGGGCACAGAGAAUCCAUUUAUCCUGUCCAGUUGUCAGAUUCCUUACGGAAUCGUAGAACUGUAGAGAAAGAAUGGACCACAAGGGUCAUCUAGUCCAACCCUCUGUAAUGCAGGAAUGUUUGGUCCAACGUGGGGCUCGAACUCACGACCUUGAGGUUAAGAAUCUCACACUCUUAUCGGCUGAGCUAUCUCCCAGGUAUAGUAGGUGUGUAAUUCAGAAGAAUACUUUCUUCUGAGCUGGAUAAUUUUUCAUUCUUGAAUUUUGCUUCCAUCAGAUCCAUCGGUUUAUGUCCAUGAACAAGCUGAAAUACUUCUUUGCAGUGGACACCACUUACGUGAUGAAGAAGCUCGCCCUGUUGGUGUUUCCUUAUGUACACCAGGUACAGAUAGGGAGGUGGCGCUUUGCCCGCUGUUUCGGUUUGGGGGUCUUGGUUUUAUUUAUUUACAGCUUUUAUAUCCCACCCUUCAGCUGGAAAAGGCCCUUCAUAGUGGCGUACAUUUCUGGGAUGGCCCCUCCCUGCCCUCAGGCUAAGCAUCUUAAAAAGAUAUGUCACGUGAGGAAAAAGGAUGGAGGAGGGAGGAGGAAAAUAGCAAGCUCAAGCACAGGUUUCCAAAGUUACAGUUCUUAGUGUUACAGUCUGUGUCAGUGGCGGUUCUGGCACUCUUGCCCUUGAUAAAGAGCAGUGUCGCUCCCAUGGAUGAGAUCCUGGAGCAGAGCAGGUGACAGACAUUUAGUUCAGGAGGACAGGACAGUUUCUGCCGCAUAGUUCUUUCCUUGGCAGCAGUUAGGAUAUUCACAGGAAGGGACUUAAUGGGUAGAAGAUUAUAGCAACUUAGAGACUACACUGCUGGAUUUCAUUCUCUGCUAUUGGUGGGUGGGGGAGAGAAUCUGGGUGUGUUCAAAAAAGAGAAGACAUGUACCCACAAUAUUUCCAAGCACGUUCAGAGCGCCCUUCCCAUGCCAUUGGCUAUGGCCUCAGCAAGAGGGGUGGUUGGGGAUAAUAAUAAUAAUAAUUACUCAUACUUUGCCCAUUUGACUGGGUUUCCCCAGCCACUCUGGGUGGCUUCCAACAGAUUAAAAACACAACAAAACAUCAAACAUUAAAAACUUCCCUAAACAGGGCUGCCUUCAGAUGUUAUCUGAUGGGAGGGUGUUCCACAGGGCAGGUGCCACUACCGAGAAGGCCCUCUGCCUGGUUCCCUGUAGCCUCACUUCUCGCAAUGAGGGAAUCUCCAGAAGGCCCUUGGAGGUGGGCCUCAGUGUCCAGGCUGAACGAUGGGGGUGGAGACGCUCUUUCAGGUAUAUAGAGCCGAGGUGAAGUUUUACAAAAUUAUGCAUGGUACAAAAGAAGUGGAUAGAGGAGUUUUUUUUCCUCCCUCUCUCAUAAUAACUGGAAAUGGGGGUCAUCCAAUGAAGCGAAGUGGUGGUAGAUUCAGGACAGAUGAAAGGGAGGGCUUCUUCACCCGGUGUAUGUAGUUAACUACAAGGCAGGUUCCUAUGUUUCUAGUUAUGUCAGCCAUUUAUUUCAGAACCAUGAGGACUGGCAUCUUAGAAGGCAGCUUCUUAUGCUCCUACAUUUUGUUUGAAAGGGACAGCUUGGGUGCAGGAUACCUUAAGGAUUACUUGAGAGGCCUUGUAUCCCAGCUCAAUCACUGAGAUAAUGCGGAGGAGAGUGGCUUGCUAUUCCCCCGUGUUACAGAGGCCCUGCCUGGCUUCAAUUCAAAGUUGGGCAUUUAGUUGUUGAAUACACUUCAGUCAGAGAUGCGGCAGGCACCCUCGCUGUUGACUUUCAUGAGUCUCUUGAAGACUUUUUAAUGCUAUCAGGCCUGGGCAGAUGUUUCAAGUUUAGUUUGCCCGUCACCUCAAUGCUUAUGUGUAUUUUUUAAAACCAAAUUUGUGGUGCUUUAUGUUUUAACAGGGAUGCGGGUGGCACUGUGGGUUAAACCACAGAACCUAGGACUUGCUGAUCAGAAGGUCGGCAGUUCGAAUCCCCGCGACGGGGUGAGCUCCCGUUGCUCAGUCCCUGCUCCUGCCAACCUAGCAGUUCGAAAGCAUGUCAAAGUGCAAGUAGAUAAAUAGGUAGCGCUCAGGCGGGAAGGUAAACGGCGUUUCCGUGCGCUGCUCUGGUUCGCCAGAAGCGGCUUAGUCAUGCUGGCCACAUGACCCGGAAGCUGUACGCUGGCUCCCUCGGCCAAUAAAGCGAGAUGAGGGAGGGCCGCAACCCCAGACUGGACCUAAUGGUCAGGGCUGGACCUAAUGGUCAGACUCGGCCACGACUGGACCUAAUGGUCAGGGGUCCCUUUACCUUUACCUAUGUUUUAACAGUGAACGUUGCUCAAAUAUUCCACGAUACAGCUGUACAGAAAAAUAAAAAUAAAAUAUCCAAGCUUUGCCCACCUCAGCUUCAGUGCCGUUUGAGAACAAACGUGAAACCCCCCCCCUUUAAAAAAAAAGUAUUUUGAAACGGGUCUUGGGCAGCCUGCCCUCACCUGUGCCUGUUUUCUUUCCUCUGCAGAACUGGGAAGUCCGCUACCACAGAGAUGUCCCCCUCACGCCUCGGCAGGACGUCAAUGCUCCAGACCUCUACAUUCCUAGUGAGUGGAGGCCCUCUCUUGAACAUAGGAGAAUUUCUUUACUUAUUCCUUAUUUUACCAUUAGUAACAACCCAAAAGUACAGUACCACAGUGUUUCAUCAUUCCAUAUUCAAAGCAAACAAGCAAUCAGUAACAAUAGAAAGAAAUAGUGGCACACCAGUAUAAAUCAGGCCAUCCUUAUUCCUGAGCUGGCAUGGAGGGUGAAUGUUUAGCACUGGAGUACGAAGCACAGGAAAUAAAAUCUCACCCGAUGACAAGAAAGCCUUCUGGAUCCUCCGCCAUCUUUCUGUAUCCUCAGAAACACAGUUUAUUUUUUCCGCAGUAGCCAAGGUCCACAAUUUAUUUAUUUUUACCACAAAUGCGUAUUUUUUCCCAAGGUUUUCCAUUACUGGGCUGCUGAAAUCCUAGCUAACGUCCAUGCCAAAAUUUAUUUAGAGUGGCAAAGUUUUAUGUUGCCUGUCCACAUACAGUGGUACCUUGACGCUUCAGGUUACAGACACUUCAAGUUACAGACGCUUCAGGUUACAGACUCUGCUAACCCAGAAAUAGUACCUUGGGUUAAGAACUUUGCUUCAGGAUGAGAACAGAAAUCGCGCGGCCGCAGUGGGAGGCCCCAUUAGCUAAAGUGGUACCUCAGGUUAAGAACAGUUUCAGGUUAAGAACGGACCUCCAGAACGAAUUAAGUUCUUAACCCGAGGCACCACUGUACUGAUAGUUUUUGGGAAAACUGAACAGGUGAUUCAUAGCAGCGUUUCUUGAUGUUCACCUCCACCCUGGCCUAAUACCCAGAGUUUGUUAGUUUUAAAAAGCACUUUCUAAAUCAGAGGUGGGGGAUGGUUUACAGACUGAGGGCCACAUUUCUGUGUGCACAGCCUCCUUGGGGCUGCAUUCAAUUUAUGGGCAGGGCCAGAGGAAUAAGUUUAUUAGGGUGCUGAGGGUUGUUAGGAGACAUCUCUAUUCCUCUCACGGAGCUACAAUUCCCAGAGUAGCUUAACAACCAAUCCCUUUUCACAGGGAGCGCUGGAUAGUGCAGCUCUGUGAGGGGAAUUGGGGGCAGUGUCUUCUAAGAACUCUCAGUACCCUUUACAAACUAGGUUUUCCAGGAUUUGCUGGGGGACUCUAUCACUGUUUAAAGUGCUGUGGUCCUGCUUUAAAUGUGCAGCGCAGAUGGGAUCCAGUUUCCAAAGCAACAGUGUUAAAGAAUUGCUUCGAAUUUUUAGUCUAUCUCUUAGAGCUGGGAUGAGGAGCCUGUGUCUCUACGGGUGUCAUUGGACUCCAGCCCCCAUCAUCCCAAACCUUUCUUCACCUGGGCUGAUGAGAAUUACAGGCUCCCCGUUCUUGUUUUAGAGUUAAGCUAGACAGGACAGCUAAUUAUAGUAGAAGCUAACUCUCUACUCUUUCCAUCCCCACCAUCCCAGAAAACUGCAGUUCCAUCAAAGUGGCUAGUUCUCAUGAGUGUGAUUCUUAUUCUUUCCCCUCUCCAGGUAUGGCUUUCAUUACCUAUAUCUUACUUGCUGGGAUGGCACUUGGUUUACAGAAAAGGUAAGGAAUGAGGUUUCCUCCCCACCCCCAUCCUCUUAAUUCCCACACCUGGAGGUCACAGAUUCCUUAUUCCUGCUUCAUUUCUUAAAUUGCCCUCUGUAGUAAUGGUGCUAAAUAAUCAUAGAGUUGGGAGGGACUAGAUGGCCCUUCCAACUCUAUGAUUACGAGUAGGCAGAGAUGCUCUUGUAAAACUCGACUUCCUUCCUCCUCUUUCUGUGGUUCCUUAAAUUUAUUUUUAUCAUUUCCUGCAUAUUAAAAAUUAACUUAUUCUUUUCUUCAUCUACUUUAAUUAUAUACUCUUAUGAAACUGCAUGUUAUUGCAAUAAUCCUGCCAAUGUCCUCAUCUGUUUACAAUUUGUUUUUUUAAAUAUUCAAUAAACCAUUUCCAUGCUUUUAUAAAAAGUUUGUUAUCUUGAUUUCUUAUUUUUCCGGUAAGUUUCGCCAUUUCUGCAUAGUCCAUAAGUUUUUGUAUCCAUUCUUCUUUCGUUGGGACUUCUUUCCAUUUUUGGGCAAAUAACAUUUUUGCCACUGAAUAAAUUUAUAUACUGUUUAGGUAGUUCUACCCCUAUAAUUCCCAAAAGAAAAGCUUCUGGGUUUUUCUGGGGUUUUUUUACAAAUGUUACUUUAAACAUAUUUUUCAAUUCAUUAUAUAUCAUUUCCCAGUAAGCUUUAACCUUGCCACAAGACCACCACAUAUGAUAAAAAGUACCUUCUUUCUCUUUGUAUUUCCAACACUUACUCGAUUUUGAUUUAUACAUUUUUGCCAGUUUACUCGGUGUUAGAUGCCAUCGAUAUAACAUUUCCGUAUAGUUUUCUCUUAAGCCGUAGCAUGCUGUGAAUUUUAUAUCCGUAUUCCACAAUCCUUCCCACCCUUCCAUAUCUAUAUUAUAACCAAUAUCUAUUGCCCAGUGUAUAAUUGAGGAUUUUACUUGCUCGUCCUUUGUCUGACAAUCCAAUAAUAUCUUAGACAUUUUAGACAGCACAUUAACAUUGCAUUCCAACAGCCAGACGCUUCUUACAUAUUUAUGUUCGUUCCUGACAUUCAUUCCGUUCUGCUCUUUCCGCCUUGUUCCUUCCUAGGUUUUCACCAGAGGUCCUGGGCAUGUGUGCCAGCACGGCCUUCGUGUGGGUUGUGAUUGAGGUUCUUGCCCUUUUGCUGGGCCUGUACCUUGUGACGGUCCAGAGCGACCUGGGCACCUUUGACCUGCUUGCUUACUGCGGCUACAAAUACGUUGGGUAAGUGGGCAUCUCCCUUCUGCCUUGUGGCCUAGCGCACUGGGAAGGAACCAUAACCUUCUGAAUAUUGGAUGGACUCCAGGUCCUAUCAGUCCAAGCCAGCAAGGCCAGUGGUCAGGAAUGACAGCGACUGGGGUCCAGCAACAUCAGGAGGGCCACAUCUCUGGCCUAGCGGUCCUUGGGACCAUAGGAGGCUGUGUUUACGUGAGGUCAGACUUCUUGUUGCAUGUUUCUCCAACUUGGCUCUUCCACUUGGGGUCUUGAGAGGUGUUUAAACUGACCCUUGUAUUUUCUUCGUUGCGGCUUUAAUGUGGCUCAGGACCACAAUACCUCAAGGAUUGCCUCUCCUCACAUGAACUGAAUCAGACCCUGCAAUCACUCUCUGAGGCUCUUCUCUGUGUGCCCCUCUCUGGGAUGUCCAGAGGGUGGCAACAUGGGGACAGGCCUUCUCAGUGGUGGCUCCCUGCUUGUGGAAUGUUCUCCCCAGCGAGGCUCACCUGGCACCCUCUUUAUCUAGUUAUAGGAACCAGGCAAUAACUUUAAUUUAGUGUGACCUUUUGGCCCUUAAUUAGAGUACCUGCGGCCUCUUUUAGCGGAACUGGAUCUACAAGACCUAUCGUUUGUGUGUGUGUAGUUGUGUUUUUGGUUUGUGUUUUGAAGUGUUGUGUUUGCUGUAAUUGUUUAUAGUAUUUACCUUGUGUUUGUAAGUUGCUUUGGGUCACUUUUGUGAGGAAUAUACAGAGUAUUAUCAUCAUCAUCAUCAUCCACCACCAGCACAACUCCCUUUUUGUAAUGACUUCACCACACACUUCCAUGCAGUGUUGUGAUGUGAGAUGCAGCCCUCUGAAUGUUCUUGGACUCCAGCUCCCAUCAGCCUCAGCCAGCAGUGAUCAGGGAUGAUGGGAAUUGUAGUCCAGCAACACCUGGAGCACCAUCCCCAUUCCCCAUCCAUUCUAGGUCCUGCCACUCUCCAAAAAUUCUCUAUAUUGUGCCUCUGGGCAUUUGCCAAAUACAGCCACCACCUAAUGUCCCAUCCAUGUUCAGAUGGAAAGCAAAGACUUCUGAUUCAGAAGGUGAAUGUACAGGCAGUCUUUUAAAAACACACGUGCACAGACAUAUUUAUUUGGUUAAAUUGGAAAUUGUGAUAUACAUUUAAAUUUUAUAACUGAAAAAGUUGUUCUGGGGAAAUUUCCCAACACAGUAAGUUAGCAUUGAUUUUUUAAAUGCAAAUAUGUGAUUGAUAUUUGCAGUACAGUGGUACCUCAGGUUAAGUACUUAAUUCGUUCCGGAGGUCCGUACUUAAUCUGAAACUGUUCUUAACCUGAAGCACCACUUUAGCUAAUGGGGCCUCCUGCAAAGUUCUUAACCUGAGGUACUAUUUCUGGGUUAGCGGAGUCUGUAACCUGAAGCGUAUGUAACCUGAAGCGUAUGUAACCUGAGGUACCACUGUAUCUAUCCAGAGGGUCUGUAUAGUUAUGCUAGAGUUGCCACAUUUCAAAAAGUGAAAACCCGGACACAAAAGUUGUUGAGCUCAAAAAAAAAUUUGAAGUUUUUGAGCUGUUUUUAAGGGAAGUCGCCAAAAUCUUGACUUCAGACAUGGGUUUCCAUACAUCUGGAUUUUCCCGGACAUUUAAGCAAAUUCUGCCCGGACACUGUUUCUGACGGCUGUAUUCCGGACUUUUGGCAACCCUAAAUUAUGCAUACACAUAAAUGUCACAUAUAGGGAAACAGUUCUGCAGUUACCUUGUUUAAAAACUACCACCAUUUGCUUUUACUAAUAAACAGAAUUUUUGCCUCCCAUAAUGCUUCCAGUAUUACUCCCCCAAAAUUUUAAGUUAAACUUGUAUGAUUCCAGCACCGAAUAUAUUUAUGCCAACAAUUUUAAGAAUCUCCCCCCCUGCCCCGCCCUCACGAUCACAUCAUUUCCCCAAAGUUUCUUUUUAAUAUGCUAUGCGUAGGCACCUUUGUGUCCCGGCACCUCGUAAGCUUUUAAAAAUUUCUAUAAAGCUUUCAGCGCUGAGAACUGACAAAAAGGGGUGAUUGGCAGAGAUCUUAACAACAGCUGUGAAUCUCAGAAUGCCUGGUCUGGAUGACAGCCUUGACAGGAGGGGAUUUAACAGCCAUGAUGACACUUGCCAUUUCCUCCUCCUCCUCCAGGAUGAUCCUAGCUGUGGUGGGCGGCCUCGCGUUUGGCAGCAAUGGCUAUUACAUCGCCUUGGCUUGGGCUUCCUGCGCUCUUAUGUAUUUCAUGGUGAGUACUGGGAUCUGGGCCCUAGCACUCCCAGGAUGCCGUGGGGCAGGAAGUCUCGUCAGCAGGCCUUUCCCGGGGACGUACAGAGUUCCUGGUAGAUCAGACCAAAGGGAAUGAGGAGCCUGCGAGCUUCUGCAUGCUUCUAGACGACAACAACACUUACAUUUAAAACAUUUAUGGCACCACUUAAUAAUAAUAAUAAUAAUAAUAAUUUAUUAUUUGUACCCCGCCCAUCUGGCUGGGUUUCCCCAGCCACUCUGGGCGGCUUCCAAUAAAGAUUAAAAAUACAUUAGAAUGUCACACAUUAAAAACUUCCCUGAACAGGGCUGCCUUCAGAUGUCUUCUAAAUGUUAGGUAGUUGUUUACUUCUUUGACAUCUGGUGGGAGGGCGUUUCACAGGGUGGGCGCCACUACCGAGAAGGCCCUCUGCCUGGUUCCCUGUAACUUCUUGCAAUGAGGAAACCACCAGAAGGCCCUUGGCGCUGGACCUCAGCGUCUGGGCAGAAUGAUGAGGGUGGAGACGCUCCUUUAGGUAUACUGGACCGAGGCCGUUUAGGGCUUUAAAGGUCAGCACCAACACUUUGAAUUGUGCUCGGAAAUGUACUGGGAGCCAAUGCAGGUCUUUCAAGACCGGUGUUAUGUGGUCUCGGCGAGUCUAGCUGCCGCAUUCUGGAUUAGUUGUAGUUUCUGGGUCACCUUCAAAGGUAGCCCCACGUAGAGCGCAUUGCAGUAGUCCAAGCGGGAGAUAACUUUAAACCGUCAUGGCUUCCCGCAAAGCAUUCUGGGAGCCAGGGAUGUCUUAAGCAUAUGUGGCGCUGGGGUGCAAAGAUCUGCCUGGUGCCCCCCCCAGUUGCCCAGUCCCAGGUGCGCAGGAGGGCAGAGCCGGCCGCCCGCCCAUCUCAGCAUCUCGCUGGCUUGGUCACCCCCGAACUCGCGGUGUAGAGCUGCCCGCAGUAGAAGAGCCUUCUGUGGCGCUCCGACUGACGGGUGGGCUCUUCCCCGGAUUCAACUCUCGGGCCCCGGACUCUCGGCCUGGCGCCCCUGAGAGCACAGCGCCCGGGUGCCCUGCACCCCUAGCGCCAAUGGGUAAGACGGCCCUGCUGGGAGCUGCAGUUUGUGUAAGGGAGCAGAGAGUUACCAGGCAGCACUCCCCCCGCCCCCGAGCUUACAGUUAUCACACAGAGUGGUGAUACAAUCUGUCCCUGGGAACUCUGGGAAUUGCAGCUCUGAAUGGAAAAGGGGGUCUCUCUGCAGAAUUAGAUAAGAUGACAGGAAGGAUUUGAAACCUGCGGGACCAGAGAUUCUCAGAGGACUGGAAUAAAUAUGUGAACUAUUUGAAAAGCAAUUGUAAACAACAGAUUAUGCUAGUAGGAAUACAAGAAGUUUUGUAUGGAGGAAUAUAUGAAAUAUUGCAAGGAAGAUUAUGAAGAGAGUUAUUAGUUAGGAAAAUUAAAAGUAAUAGUGAAAUUAAGAAAUGUAAAUUAAGUGGAGAAGAUUGGAAAAUUUUCAGAUGUGAUUGACGGAAGUCAAAAAAUUGUAUAAGAUAUGAAAUUGUGUUAAAUGAUUGCUGACAAUACGUUAAAAAAUAUAUAUAUAUAUAUAUAUAUAUAUAUAUAUAUAUAUAUAUUUGGAAAAGGGGUCUCAUAACACCCCUCAGCACCUUUAGCAAACUGCACUUUCCAAGGUUCUCUGGGGGAAGCCGUGAGGGUUUAAAGUGGUAGAACAGUGCUUUAAAUGUGGCUGUGGCCUACAACUCCCACCAUCCCUAUUUGCCAUGCUGCCUCAGGGCUGAUGGGAGUUGAGGAGUCCAGCAACAUCCCUCAGCAGGUUAGAGCGUGGUGCUGACAACGCCAAGGUUGCAGGUUCGAUCCCCGUUAAGGGACAACUGCUUAUUCUUGCAGGUCAAGGGGAUUGGACUAGAUGAGCCCCAGGGUCCACUUCCGACUUGAUAUUAUUCUGUGAGAUAGCAGGGCUACAAGUUUCUAGCUACAUGAACACCUAGGGAGGCUGCAGGUCACCCACCCUUGCUUUUACAAUAAAGGAGUGAUUUGUGGGGUGGGGAGAGAGGCGAGUCUUCUUCCUUAACCUCUGAUGUGUGGCAUAUUUCCUCUCUCUGAACCAGGUACGCUCCUUGCGGAUGAAGAUCCUUCCUUCAAUGGUGCAGGAAGGGAUGAGCCGGCCUAGCGGGAGGGCGCAGAUGUACGUCACCCUAGCAGCCGCCGCCUUCCAGCCUCUGAUCCUCUAUUGGCUGACUGCACAGCUGGUUCAUUAGGCGACGCGGAGGAGAUGACCCGUCCGUGGCAGCCCCAACGUUUGCCGGGGGGGGGCUGGCUUUGCAAGGACCCCUCUCUCUUUCUGCCCUUUUAUUUCUCCCACCCACCGGCCCCAAAUCCCCUGAAGUACACACUCCACUUUUUCCUGGCCAUCCAAAUGCUGGGCCUUGCGAAGGAGGACGGGGGCUCCGCUGACGCAAGGAAUGAUGCCGAAUAAGGGAGGUGCCACGUCUUCUCGAGGGGCUCCCUGCCCCCCACAAAAUCAUGAACGGAGGGGAAGUGAGGACUGUCAAAACUAUCCAGGCUUGACACUGCCUGCCCGUCCACCCCCACUCGGCUUGACUCCCAAAUCUGUGGCCUGUUCCAUUUCCACUGGUCGUUGCAAACGUCUCCUUGCUUGGGGUGUUAAUGGGGGCAGACUCAGAUAGAUAGGGUGGGGCAGGGUUGUUCCAAACACUUCCCCCCACCCCCUUCGUGCUCCUGGGAGCACUUUUGCUAUGCAAAGAGUUUUUAAGAACAUGAGUUCUGGUGUAUUAUUCUUAUUAUUGCCUUCUGGAGCAAAGUACCCUUUUUCCCUCUUCUGAAAAUCAGCUGGUUUACUUUAAAUGACUUCUCCUGCUUGCCCCCCGACCUGGUGGUCUUUUAACCCCCAGCACCACCAGCUGAGUAUUGACAGUGGACCCCCCCCCCAAAAAAAACCCCCAUCCUCUGCUGUUGUGUUGUCAGAGAGCAGAUGCCCUCACCUCUCAAGGACUGUGUACUACUGGUCAUAACGCAUCAGAUGAUGUAUUGUUGAGGUACUUUCAAACUAUUCCCCAUUUGUUUUCUUUAUAUAUAUAUAGAUAUAUAUUAACCUUUGCUGGGGGUUUUAAAAAAUGUCUUUACUGCCACAGAUACAAGCCAGCAAAGAGGUGGGUUUGGGUAGACAAGGGGGGGGGUGAACCUUAACGAAAUCUGCAAAGCCGCUAAGUUGUGUCUUGUAGCCAACUUUCAGAGGAAAGACUUCGCAUUUCAACUUUCCCCCCAUCUGUUUAUGGGAGAGUUCGUUCUUGGAAGCGACGAUAAAAAUGUGCUUGACAACUUGUGCGUGUGUUCACAUUUCAUCCGGCUGGGGGGUGGCUGCCAACUUUCUCCCUCCCCCAGCAAAGCGCCUGUGCUUCUUUAUUUUAAGAAUGGUGUGUGACUAAAUAGGCUUUGCUUGAUUUAGUACCGCCGCGAAAAGCAGCCCCUCGUGGUUUUCUCUUUGGGCACAUUCAGACCAUAAAGUGGCAUGAUGAUAACACUUUAAACUGUCAUGGCUUCCCCCAGAGAAUUCUGGGAACUCUCAUUUGUUAAGGGUGCUGUGAGGAGACCCCCCUUUUUGCCUCACAGAGCUACAAUUUCCAGAGUCCGCUGGGAGGAGGGAUAUAUUGUGUAGCCAUUCUAGGAACUGUAGCCCUGUGAGGAAUAGGGGAUUGUUAAUAAUAAUUAAUAAUAAUAAUUUUAUUAUUUAUACCCCACCCAUCUCACUGGGUUGCCCCAGCCACUCUGGGUGGCUCUCAACAAAAUACUAAAAACACAGUAAAACAAUAAGUAAAAACUUCCCUGAUGAGUGCUGAGUAUUGUUCACAGACUACCUAGCUCCUCACAGGGCCACAAUUCCUAGAGUGAUUUAAUGGCCAGGGUUACUCUGAAAAUUGUAGCUCUGUGAGCGGGGAAUAGGCAAGUCUAUAACAACUUUCAGAACCCUUAACAAACUACAUUUCCCAGGAUUCUUUGGGGGAAGUCAUGGCUGUUUUAAGUGGUACCCUAGUGCUUUUAAACGUGUGGAGCGAAUGUGGGCCUUCACUUCCCUGCUAUCCUCUUAGCUUAGCAUAGUUACUCACCUCUGACGCCAGGCGGCAGCAGACGCAUCACGGACCAGCUGCAGAGAGACUGCUUUGGUACUUGGCUGUGUGUGGGAUGUCUGUGUGCGCGCAUGUUUGUUUCUCCGUGGCUUGUUUGAAGGAGCGUUUAUUGGAGUGAAGAAGAAAAAACAUUUUGUUCACUGUUUGCAAUUACGGGGGAACUUCUCAGAGGACCAGUUUCCCGUUCCCAGGAGGGGGUUGAAGGAGACGUUCUCUGGCAGCUGCUGGUCCCUGCCUACUCUCCCUUUGGCCGUCAAUUCACACAGGUGAGAUUCAAAAAGGUGAGAGGCCAAAGCCCUCUGCUGCAGGGGGUCAUGGUAAGACGCAGCUUUUAAGGAGAUUUUCGGUGUUCACUCUUCUUAUUUCUUUUCUUGCGUUGUCAGCCAGUAUAAUAACUGCAUAAUGAGCACCAAGCCCCACAGAACUCUCUAGGACAUAAUUUGUGUGUCGAGUGUAUUCACUCUACAGCAGAAGUGGGGAACCUCAGGCCCUCCAAAGUCAUUCUCUCAUAUAUAUGUAUUUCUAUAUCUUAUUAUGUAACAAAAUUUAUAUAUCACUCAACUAAUAAAAAACCUUAUAGCGGUUUAC